AUGGAUGAAGAUCAAAAAAUUGGAAAAAGCUCUGCAAAAAUGAUCAAAAUAGAUGAGAUCAAGUCCACGGCACGUAAGCAGAGAGUUGCUGCUCACAGUCACGUUAAGGGAUUGGGUUUAGAUCCUGAAACAUUUUUGCCAAAGGACAGCGCGGCUGGGUUUAUUGGUCAGAAAGAUGCUCGGGAAGCUGCAGGUAUUGUAGUCGAUUUGGUAAGGGCGAAAAAGAUGUCUGGAAGAGCAAUUCUUUUGGCUGGCCCUCCCGGAACUGGAAAAACUGCUAUUGCACUGGCUAUAGCUCAAGAAUUAGGGAACAAAAUUCCGUUUUGUCCCAUGGUUGGGUCUGAGGUUUAUUCUGCCGAAGUCAAAAAGACAGAAAUCUUGAUGGAGAAUUUUCGUCGUUCAAUUGGUCUAAGAGUGCGUGAGAAGAAAGAUGUGUAUGAAGGGGAAGUUACAGAAUUAACUCCUGUAGAAGCAGAUGAUUCUAGUAGUGGCUACGGCAAGACGAUUGUCCACGUCCUCAUUACGUUAAAAACUGUGAAGGGCAGCAGACAGCUGAAAUUGGACCCAAAUAUAUACGACAGUAUUUUGAAACAGAAAGUAGAGCGAGGAGAUGUAAUUUAUAUAGAAGCAAAUUCUGGAGCUGUGAAAAGAUUAGGACGAUGUGACCUUUAUGCAACGGAAUUUGAUCUCGAGGCUGAUGAGUUUAUCCCGCUGCCAAAAGGCGAAGUUCGAAAAACGAAGGAGGUUGUUCAGGACGUCACUUUACAUGACCUGGAUCUUGCAAAUGCAAUGCCACACGGACAAAGUGGAAAUAUGAUGCAGCUAGUGAACCAGAUGCUGAAACCGAAGAAAACUGAAAUAACAGAUCGAUUACGGCAGGAAGUUAACGACGUAGUUAAUGACUACAUUGAACAGGGAAUAGCGGAGCUGAUGCCUGGCGUUUUAUUUAUAGAUGAGGUACAUAUGCUCGAUCUAGAAUGUUUUACCUACCUCCAUCGUGCUUUAGAGAGUCCAAUAAGCCCUAUAGUGAUUCUUGCUACUAAUCGUGGAAGAUGUAAAGUUAGAGGAACUGAGGUGACAUCUCCGCAUGGGAUUCCUUCUGAUCUGCUCGAUCGUAUUCUGAUAAUUCCCACAAAACCGUAUCAGGUUGACGAAAUAAUAGCUAUAGCAAGGAUUAGGGCUGACGCCGAGUCUGUCAAAAUUGAUGAUUCUGCUUUAAAGCUUUUAGGCGAGAUAGGGACUAAAGCUUCUUUACGGUAUGUGCUACAGCUCCUUAUCCCUGCUAGUCUCGCCGCUCAGGUUUCGGGAAGAGAAACUGUAACGGCAAGCGAUGUUCGUGAAUGUGCAGAAGUUUUGUUCAUUGAUUCUAAAACUUCCUUACAAAAAUUCUUAGCUGCGGAGAACAUUGCUAUAGCUGAUUCUUUACCUUCAGUUCCAUCCCCGAGAGGCGAUGCGCAGAUUCCUAUGGAGACUUAA